GGUCGACGGGGAUUUGUUUUGCACUCUUCAGACUUCCUCCUCUACGCGUUUUCAUAAACAAAACACAUUUUAUUUUUCCUGCCGUCGGGGCCGCCGCGCUCUCCUCCUUGUCAGCCUGCCAGCAUUGUCGCACUCCGGCUCCCGUUUUUAACCCGAGGCCGCGGAGGAACUCUGAAAAGCGGCUCCACAUUCAAAGGAGAGAGACGCGGGGAAACAAUCACCGGGGGCUGUGUUGUCUUUGUCUGAGCCGUCAAGCGCGUGGCCGACCGUUGGACCGAGCCGACCCGCACAAAACCCGCUUUCAUUAGAUGAUUUUCAGCUGUCAGUCAUAUCGGUCCGCUUUGUAAAGCGCGAGGAGCUUUCGUCAGACAUGGUGAAGCUGACAAAGGCCAAGACGUUCCAGGCCUACCUGGACUCCUGCCACCGUCGCUACAGCUGUGUGCACUGUCGCGCCCAUCUGGCAAACCAUGACGAUCUCAUCUCCAAGUCUUUCCAAGGCAGUCAAGGCCGAGCCUACCUCUUCAACUCUGUAGUGAACGUCGGCUGUGGUCCUGCAGAGGAGAGGCUGCUGCUCACAGGACUUCAUGCGGUCGCCGACAUCUACUGUGAAAACUGUCACACCACGCUGGGCUGGAAAUAUGAACAAGCCUUUGAGCUGAGUCAGAAGUACAAGGAGGGGAAGUUUAUCAUCGAGCUGUCCCACAUGAUAAAGGACAACGGCUGGGACUGAGAGGGACAUUUUCAUCUUUCUUCAUGACUUUUUUUCAAAGGUUGCAUCCCCCUCGACUUAAAAGGGUUCCAGUGUAGCUUCCUCAUCCCGCGUAUGAGCCAUCGCUGUGUCACACUUUCACUUUGUACGGCUUCGCAAAGAAUAGCAUGUAAUGCCUUGUCUUUUUCUGCUCUUCGUGUUUUUUCCAGCGACCACAACAACACAUUUGCUGAUCUAGCUAUCCAGAUUGCUAGUUGUGCUGGGACAUGAACUGAAUGAGUGCAGGGUUUGUGUGUGAGCGACUGGGAGACGUAGUCACGCAGGCAGGAGUGCGUGUUGGAUUUUAAAGCGUGUGUUUGAGUGAGGAGUGCUAAACAGUCUCGCUGUGUGGGGACGAGGUCACUGCAAGGCAAAUAAUCUGACCACCUUGCAUAUCAGAUGCAGGUAUUUGGGGUUUCCUUUUGAGUUUAAGGUGAACAUUUAGACAUAUCUGGCCCAAGGGAGUAAAGUAUAUCGGCCUGUUUAACCCGGAGAUCACUUUUGAGUGAUGACGGGGUGUGGGAAAGCUUAAAGCAGUGGGAGGUUGUUUUUUUAAUUUUUUUUUUAUCAGUGACAUUAAUGUUUUUUUAUGGUAAGAUCUGAAACACUUCAUAGUUCAUAUUUUGCUAAAAGCAAUCAGGAUGUUGAAUUGGUGAUGUUAAAGCCCACAAAGGUCUCCUGCAGGAAUUCUUAAAUCUGGUAUGAGUGUCUGCUGCUUGUAGGUAUACAUCUUAGCGUGUGCGUUGAGAUGUCUUUAGCUGGAUGGUGUCGAGAAGCAUUCGCCUGGGGCUCACAUCUCGAGUGUCCACGGCUCCGUUAUGAUAUUUUCACUUUUACUUGAUGCUGAUGAGAUCUGUCCUACAUGUGUAGCCUAACACGGCGCUGCCCCUACGGAUCCAUUUACUCAAUUGUGUUAGAGCAAAGUGUAAUUAGGAUGAUGUAGCAUAUUUAUGGUUUUUAUUUUUUAUGUCUGCUUCGUUCAUUAAAAGUGUAUUAUUUUAACCUAAUCUUUCAUUAAAAUACAGUGUCUGUAA